AUUCAACUUUGGGCAGUGAGUUUAAUUACCAGACCUUUAUGUAGUUAAGGAGUGGUGUUAACGUAAGAGAGGACCUUCUCUCAUGCUCUCUCGGCUGAGCCUGCGCAGAAUCUAGAGAUCAGUUGUGAAGAUAUAUAGAUAUGGUAGGUUGUGGAAAGGCAAGGGGCUUGCGGGAAACGUUUGUCUGAGAAUCUGCAAAAGCUAAAGUGAAAACUGGGCCAUGGACAAGGGACUAACCGGAACCCCUUCUAUAUAUAUAAUUAUAUAUAUACACACACACGAUAUCAUUCAAUGGAAGCUAAUUAGCGAUCACAAGGCGGGUGGUGCAAAGGCGGGCCAGAGCAGCACCAUUGUUAUGGCUCCAGUUGGACUGCCUCCGGGCUUCAGGUUUCAUCCAACCGAUGAGGAGCUCGUCAAUUAUUAUCUCAAGAGGAAGAUUCAUGGGCUCGAGAUUGAACUCGACAUUAUUCCAGAGGUCGAUCUCUACAAAUGUGAGCCUUGGGAGUUAGCAGAGAAAUCCUUCUUGCCUAGUAGAGACCCGGAGUGGUAUUUCUUUGGACCAAGGGAUAGGAAGUAUCCAAAUGGAUUCAGAACGAAUAGAGCAACCCGAGCUGGAUACUGGAAGUCGACUGGGAAAGAUCGGAGGGUGACAUGCCAGAGCCGGCCCAUUGGAAUGAAGAAGACGCUGGUUUACUACAAAGGCCGAGCUCCUCAGGGUAUUAGAACCGACUGGGUGAUGCACGAGUAUCGCCUCGACGACAAGGAAUGCGAGGAAACCUCUGGAAUUCAGGACUCUUACGCACUGUGUCGAGUGUUCAAGAAAAACGGCAUUUGCUCCGAGGUGGAAGAGCAAGGCCAAUGUAGCGCAUCGAUGAUCGAGAACUCGCAAGGCAUCAUCAACGAGAGCGAAACCAUGUCGCCGGAUGUUCCUCUGGCAUCUUCUUCAUGCAUGGAGGAAGAAGACAAAGAUGAUUCAUGGAUGCAGUUCAUCACAGACGACGCCUGGUGUUCUUCCACCGUCUCCUUCGGCGGUGAAGAUUUCUGAGAAGUGGCACUCACAAACUAAUUCGAUAGAAUUAAACUGGGGGAUCAAUAACUUGACUUUAUAAGAUAUAUUUCUUACAAAUAAGGCAUAUAUAGUUCUUAUUUUAAUAUUAUUAUUAUCAUAUAUUUUUUUUUUGUUAUAAUCAUAUCAUACUGCAUUAUGGGUAAAUUGUAUUUAAUUUGAUAUUAUCAUUGUCUGAUUAUGUGGUGGUGUGGCUGGUGGCUGGUGGUUAUCAGCGAAGAUCAUAAAGCUCUCCGGUUUUUGGUUUGGACCUCUUUAUUGAGGCUUUUGGCUGUUGGUUGUGUAAUAAAGGGAAUGAGUCACCUUUUCUUUUCGGCUUUGCUCACUACUUCCCACACACUCUUUCCUUUCUUUUCGGUUGUAAUUUUCCCCUUUCAUUGCAAUUCGGACCUCUUCUCUAACCUUCCCCUAUUCCCCCUUCAUCCUGCAAUAAUAUAAAUCGAAAUCGAAAUAGUCUCGUUUUCGCAUCUAAAAUUUCUCUUACCAUUUUCGAAGAUAAGUAUCUGUACAAUUCAAACAUGUAACCUUAUUAUGAAUGAAAAAUUUCAUCAUUACAUCAAAUGAUGUGUAAAUCCCAUAUUGGCACAUCCUCAAAAUAUGAAAAAUACCAUUUAAUUGUGUCCCAGUGUGGAAAUUCCUAGCUCUUUGCAGUACAAUUAAACAAAAAAUCGAUACAGUCGAGCCGUCUUCUAUACUAGCUAGGUGGGGUCCAGACAUCUUCUACAAGCUAAUAUUGCAAAAAAUAAAAACCAAGAUCAAAUAUAUGGGGAUGUAUAUGUAUGCAACAUAUACAUAUACAUAUACAAAACCAAG